UUAUAAUGUAGACGAGGCUGAGAAAAUGCUUCGAAAUAGCAUGGCGUACAAGGAAAAGAAUCAUGUUAAGGAUCUUAUUAGAGAUUACAAGCCACCUGAGGUUCUGGAGAAAUAUUUGGCUGGUGGUCUUGUUGGUCAAGCUAAAGAUGGAUCUACGUUACGAGUAGAACUCUAUGGAAGACUUGACAUGAGAGGAAUAAUGAACUCUGUAAAGAAAUCUGACCUUGAAAAGACAAAAAUUCUCCAUUGCGAGGCUAAUAUAGAAGACUGGAAAAAACGGUCAGAACAGACUGGUACCAGAAUUGAUGGACUUACUGUUAUAUUUGAUAUGGAGGGUGUUGGAAGGCAUAUGCUAUGGACCCCAGGUAUACAGAUGUACUUAUACAUGGUUAAAGUUUUAGAAGACAAUUAUCCAGAAAUGCUCAAACGACUUCUGGUCAUCAAUGCUCCAGGGAUCUUUCCUAUCCUCUACAAGCUAUGUAAGCCUUUGAUCAGCAAAGAUACUAAAAACAAAAUUGAAAUUAUUGGCGGAAAUUAUCAAGAUACACUGAAGAAGUAUAUUGAUGACGAGUACCUUCCUAUGUGUUACGGUGGAACCUUAACUGACCUUGAUGGUAACCCGAGAUGUGCAUCAAAGAUAUGUCAAGGAGGAACAGUUCCAGAAGAAUAUUACACACUAAACACAGAUUACAUUGAUCGUAUGGAAACUGCUACUAUUCCAAAGGGGGACAAGUUGUCAAAAGAAUAUAUCGUUGAUGUUCCAGGUAGUGCGCUCAGAUGGGAGUUUAUGACACAAAAUCAUGACAUUGAGUUUGGAGUUUUCUACAAACAAGACUGUAAGAAAGAAGCAGUCAUAUCCUUGUCAAAAGUCAACAGUCAUACGAUUACAGAAGACGGAUUCAUAACGUGUGACAAAACCGGUGUUUAUGAAAUUGUAUUUAGUAAUGUCAGCUGGUUCAGUGACAAAAUCAUAUAUUAUACAAUUGAAGUACUAACCCCUUAGUAGAUUGACAUCUUCAAGAUUUAGAAAUACGUCUUACUUUUCGCCAAAGAAGAGAAAUAGGAACGUACGAUUACGAACUGAGUGACAAACAUUUGAUCAAUAUUAUAUUCUGGAAAGAUUUACUGAUGUAUGGAGUGAUAUAGUGUGUUUUGCUUUGUAAAUAUCAUAAAGACAUUAAAACAAUGGUUUUAAUCAAAAUGAUUGAAAGGCAUAAUGUAUGUAUGAUUAUGUUCAUCUGUCUAUUUUUGUGUAAAAUAUAUUAAUUAUGGAAAAAUAAUAAAGUUGGUGAAUUUA